GAUUUGCAGCGCCAGGUUGCACUAUAUAGGGACCAAGUGCGCGACCUCCGACUUUCAAACGAAUCGAAUCAGGCAAAGCUUUUUGAUCACAGCCAGCAUCAGGGUGAGUUGUACUGCUUUCCUUCCUCCACUUCCUUCUUUCUGCUUCAUUAUUGUACCUUUCGUCUUGCAUGCUGA